AUUGGCAGCAUGGUAGGUACCAUAUAUGUGUCAAUGGUGCUUCACAGCUACGUUCUCUCUGUUUUCUUCUCUGUUUUACAGGUAUCACAUUGUCAAUUUGUGUCCUUUUUCUUCACUCUACUUUCUUUCUUUUAACCCAAACAACUGAAGUUAUGUGAUAGAGUGGAAUAGUGGAAAAGGAUUCAUGCAGCUGACCCAAUUAGUUGGGAUAAGGUUUAGAUGAUGAUUGAUUGAUUGAUUGAUUGAUAAGUAGACAUUAAUGGAUAGGGUCCUCUUCUCUUUUUCUUUUUCUUCGGUUUCUUUUCCAUUCACCUUUGUUUUUUAAUAAUUUUCGCCCCUUUGUAUUUCACCAUGUUUAAUUGAAUGAAGUAUCAGAUGAUGCUCGAUUGAAAGAAAUGUUUUUUUUUUUUUUUGACCUGGCAAUUGUACAGGCUGGGGCUGUCUUUGGCAACCUAAUCCAUUCAUCUGGUGGGUCCAAUCAUCUGAUGGGCAUGCCUCAAAAACUCCCUAUCGGAUGAUACUAUCAAUCUGAUAAUUGUGGGGAAUUACAACCCACAGUCCACAUCUGAUGUGGUGCCAAGUGGAUGGCCAGUGUAUUCCAAUGGCAGAGAUUUCUGGGAUAUCUACCUUUAACCAGGAACCAACAUCAUUGAGUAUCACCAAAUAUUCACCAAGGCUGCAUCAGAGACUAACUAAACCACAAUACUGGUGUCUGUCAAUUUUAAAAUUUCCAUCCAUCUACCGAUGGCUGAAUUAGAAAUAACAAUGGGAUCAAUUUUUCACCAGAGAGAUUUUCGAGAGAAUAUAUCACAUCAGAUCAAUGUAUUGCAUUUUGGGCAACAAGAAAGACUCUGAUAAUCAUUUUUUUCAAAAAUAUCAGCAGAUAAAUUCAUGAUUCCAAGCUAGGAAAUGAUUUAGUGGCACUAUUAACGCAAGUAAAACUGUAUGUGAUGGCACAAGGAACCGGUAAAAAGUUUUUUCUCCUUUUGAUUUCAGAUUUACAAAAGCAGAAUAGGGGAAUAAAAAGACUACUGGAAUGAGAAAGACCUUGCUCCAAUGGGCAGCGAGCAGGAUCUUCUCCAAAAUAAAUGGCCAGUGCAUCUGCAUUUCAACCCUGUCAAACAUCCAGCCCAGAAAUCAUGUUCGGUACCAAAUAUUUUUGUCAACAGCAUAAACAUUUCGUAAAUUUUAACUAGUAUCAUCUAAGUGAAGAACUGAUACAUACCACCCCAGAAUAAGUGAAGUUAAUGACCUCACUUCAGCUUCAGCAACAACAAGAAAUUCCUUUAAAGUCUGAACAGUCAAAACACUUCAAUUAGAUGUGCCAAUACACAUAGGAAUAUUAUUUGAAAGGAGAGUUGAAAGGACAAGUUCAGACAGGGAACCACUAUUUACAUCUUACACCCACCCUUAUUGAAAGGUAUGUAGAAGGUUAGCUUGCAUAAAAUUUUAAUUUUUGGUUUCUCUAUAUGAUUUAAAUGACAUGUGGUUACUCUUAAUCCAACGUAAAGUGCAUGACUGACUAAUCUUUUUGUUCCGAUAGUGACAGGGACUCUGAAAGGAUACGAUCAGUUACUUAACCUAGUGCUUGAUGAAGCACUAGAGUUUCUAAGUGGUAUUUAUUUAUUUAUUUUGUUUUUGAAGAUUGAAUCGAAGAGGUAUUUAUCUCACGACUCUUGGUUGGAAGUUAUGGCUGCUACUUAUCAAAGAGAUUUUGUUGAUGAGUUGUACCAGACUAGGGUGCAUUUGGACGCAGCACAAAUCGAUAUUGGGUUAAGAACUAGUACGGUGUCAAGUUUACUUGAAAAAAAAAUCAAGAAAAAAGAAAAGAAGAGAAGAACCAGUAGGUCCCAUUCUCAUGUCACUAAUGUUUUUUUUUUUUGGGUGGAAAAUGGAGCCCACCUACCACAGCUUCUGUCCUCUGACCCUUCCCAAGUGCACAGUGGCCAGUCCUGCUGGCUGCUGGAAUAACCGACCCGUAUCAACUUGGGGCACAUGCAAACAGGUUGUCAUGAUAGCUGCAGAUGCCACUGGGGCCAUGAUCCCGUUCAAACUGGCAGAUUGCUGGUACAGGGGUGAUUGAACAUUGAACUUCUUACGAUCUCUGCUGUAUGGCCAGCCUCAUUUAUUUGCUUCCGUUACUAGUGUGCCAGUCAUUCGCUGCCCCUUUCUAGCCUCUCCUAAUUGACUGGACCACACCGGAUUCGCCAACCAUCAUCUCCUUUUUAGCUUGUCUGUUCAGCUUUGAAUAUAGAGAUGCUACCUCAUUCAAGUCUUCGCUUCUAUAAAGUUGGUCAUUUAAUUUCUGUAUCCAGAGAAGUACCUAUCAUCACAUGCAUCAACUGUGAACUACCGCCAUUAGCAACAAAAUGGAACUAUCAGUUGAAUAACUCAAGCCGUGGGUCAUUUACGCCACUAGCUCUAAUGCCACUUCCCUUCCAUCUGAAAAUAACUCUCAUUGUCUCAAAUAAUUCUUUGUUGCAUUCAUUCUUGCUUGCAUUGUCUUUCUAUUGCAUGCGAGAAGAGAGUAUUUAUUAAUGCUUGUUGUGCUGGCUUUAUGGCCUUGGGGUUGCUUGAUGUGUUUUCUGGGUUUCUUAGCUCUCAAGACGAGGAGUUGGUUGUUCAUCUUUGAGGUUUCUGCUUCCAAUCCCGGCUUUGCAGGGGAGCAGGGGUUUGCUAUUCUGUUAGUAGGAAUGGCCGGCUUGAGGGCCACAGGAUGUCGAGUCUCAAUGGAAGAAAGAAAAGACGAUGAUGAGCGGAUGGAAAACAGUCAUUUUGAGGAUGGUACAUCGAGUAUGGAACAGAGUGGGGUGAAUCAGCAGACACUUUCAGCUGCUGCCAAGCAAUCUAUGCAGGAAUCGAUGGGUUACCAAGAUGUUGAAGUUGCAAAUGACCAAAAUUCUGUUGAAAAUGCAUCAGAAGUUGCUCCUGGUUAUGUGCCAAGUGAACUUAGUGAACAAAUUAUUUUUGAAAUCUCUUCAUUGAUGGUCCGCCCAUUAGGUGUUGCACAAGGAACAUUUCAACAUUUGGGUUUUCAUGAAGACUGAGAAGCAAUCAGCCUAUCAAGAACCUGAGUUCACUAAUCUAUAUGUAAAGAAUCUGGAAAAUGGGUUGACUGAUGAUCUCUUUGGGAAAAGUUGUGUAUUUGGGAAUAUAAUCAAUGCUAUUGUAAUGAAGGAUGAUUAUGGGAAAUCCCAGGGCUUUGGGUUUGUUAGCUUCGAGUUGCCAAAAGACACUAAGAAGGCUAUGUAGGCCAUGAAUGGUGCACAACUGGAAUCUCCAUGUAGGAAGGGCUCAAAAGAAGGCUGAACGAGAGCAGAUGCUAAGUUGCGAUUUCAAGGUAAGGCAUAGCCAACAGUUUCUAAAGUUUCGAGUAAUUUCUUUUUGUAUUGAUCUGUGAUUGUUGUCAAACUUAUGGUGAAGUCGU